AAAAAGUUGAUAGCAAACAAGAAAAGUGAACUAGCACAAAUGGACAAACUCAUGCCAAACAUGUUGAAACAACUAGACCGUGAAGAAGAUGGACUUGUGACACCAGACAGAAAAGCCGACAAACAAAAGAUAAAACGGUUAUUUUCUAAGUACGAUAAGGAUGGUGAUGGUAAAUUACAACGGGACGAGUUAAAAAAGUUCAUUAAGAAAUUUCAUUUUGGAAUAUCAUUGGAUCGAAAUAAAAUCAUGGAUAACCUAAUCGCAGAGUUCAGUACCGAUGGUACCAUCGACAUACAUGAAUUUGUAGAGGGUUUCGCUAGAUGGAUUGAGAAAUUCAUUGAACCUGAUACUAGUAUCAAGGAUCCAUUGCAUAAAUUAAAGACUGAGAAGAAUAGUUGGGAACUCGAGGAGUCACCGAAGAAUACGUUGAAACCUCAAGCCGCCAUCGUGUAUGUUACAUUCGGUAUUGGUGUUAUGUAUUUAAUUUCAGGGGCCUUCAUGCAAAGUGUCUUACAGUUCUCAAAUGCUGCUCACAUACCUCUUCAUUUCACUUCAUUUGUUGUGUUCCCAAUCGCCAUGAAUGCUAGAAUGAUAAUCAAAGCUCUCCUCAGCACCGGUUCACGUGUUGGAAAGAACGCGUCCUUGACAUUCUUCGAGAUUUAUAAUGGAUUGGUGAUGGCUAACCUUUUGGGCUUGUUAACAUUGUUGAUUACUGUGUGUAUGAAGAGACUAUCUUGGACCUAUUCGAAUGAGGUGUUAAUCAUCAUGAUACCUUGCACUAUUGUUGGCUUAUUUGCUCUAAAGCGUGACACUUACCCUCUUUGGGCCUCCAUCUUAGCAAUGCUUCUAUACCCCAUCUCCAUAUGUCUGUAUUAUGUUAUGUAUUCUUGAAAAUGCUUGUUUGUAAAAGUUAAUGCAUGCAUGCAUGCCCAUUUGAACUAAAUUGAAUAAAAUGUUGUAUUAUUUUCA